AAUGUGGACUGUACAUGUUAAGUUACAGUAGCUGCUUUAAUUAGGGAUGUGGCUUUAAAUACAAAAGUACUUCCUCUAGCGUCUUUUUUUUUUAAUAGCUGGAAGUAAUUUUUGGUUCUUUAAAAAAUACAUAUGCAAACCACAGCCUGUUGCCAUGGCUACUACUGUAUGCUAAUGUGAAUAGCUUAUUUCACAUUCUUAAACCUAUAGGGUUGGGGAAGCAUAAUUAUUCUGGUCUUUCACUAUUUCCCCUUUAGCUAGGCCACCAUCCAUCUACUGCGAAGAAAGAAUGUUGUAAUUAGCCCAGAGUGCACAGCAGAACAGAGCUCUUCGAGGUGGUGGUGGCUGUGUCACUGUAUUAUUUAAGCAGCUUUAAGACCUAACCUACACUUGAGGCAAAACAGGUUGGUACUAAGAAGUGCCUUUCCUGACGUCUCUGCUGCUUGGAACCGCUUCUAGAGCAGUCUCUGCUUUUUGCCUUGCUUGCUGCCAGCUAGACUGCGACGACAGCACAUCCACCCUCCACCUCUAGCCCAGACACCCCCAUUUCUACUUACAAUCAAGAGAAAAGCUCUAAGUAUCAGGCAUUGCCCCAGGCUGCUUUAGUAUAAAAAUAAGUUUGCUGAAAAAGUAAGAUAUCUUCUGCCAGAAAAUCAAGGAGAGAAAAAAAAAUUCUCGAGUGUUGCUCUAAACUGCUGCAUCUGUCUAUGCCAAACUAAUCAAUACCGAUUGCACCACAAAACCCAAUUGCAAAUUCAGCUGUGUUGGAGAUUACCUUUCAGACAACUUUACUGAAAGCAGCUUGGAAAUUCUGUGUCAAAGGGUCUGCCACGUUUUCAUGCUUGCAUUUUGGGCUCCAAAUUGGCACUCGGAAUGGGUUACUGAGAGCACAAGGCUAGUUUCAGGCCACACUUUUUAACAUUCAUCUUACUUAUGAACCUAGCAUUUCUUUUAAGUACAAAACCUCUUUCCAUUAGCAGUUUCAUGCUGUGAAUUUCUAGUUGGAAACCUUUUCUUUGAUAUUGUGACAACACAAUUUUACAUGUACUUUUAAAGUAGGGUGUGGGGAAAAAAGUAUUUUGGAGGUGACAUUUUCAUCAUUUCCAAUCUAUCAGUUUGGCUGUUUGUUUGUUUGUUUCACUGAAAAUUUUAACUACCUGUAAAAAAUCUAAACAUGGCUGUUAGUGUCACACCAAUUCGGGACACAAAAUGGCUAACACUGGAAGUGUGUAGAGAGUUCCAAAGAGGGACUUGCUCACGACCAGACACGGAAUGUAAAUUUGCACAUCCAUCGAAAAGCUGCCAAGUUGAAAAUGGACGAGUAAUCGCCUGCUUUGAUUCAUUGAAAGGUCGAUGCUCAAGAGAGAACUGCAAAUAUCUUCACCCACCCCCACACUUAAAAACACAGUUGGAGAUAAAUGGACGCAAUAACCUGAUUCAGCAGAAGAACAUGGCCAUGCUGGCCCAGCAAAUGCAACUAGCCAAUGCCAUGAUGCCUGGUGCCCCAUUACAACCUGUGAACUAUAUGCCUCAGUCAUUCCAAAAAAGAGGGGGGGAGGGAUCUCCAUAUUACAUCGACAUUGAUACCAAUUAUCAAUACCAUACGUUCAAGUUACAAAAUGUCAACUUUUUCAAAGAAGUUAUGCCAAUGUUUUCAGUUGCACCAAGUUUAGCCACUAAUGCAUCAGCAGCCUUUAAUCCCUACCUGGGGCCUGUCUCCCCAGGCUUGGUCCCAGCAGAGAUCUUACCAACUGCACCGAUGCUGGUUGCAGGGAAUCCUGGUGUCCCCGUUCCCGCAGCUGCUGCUGCUGCUGCACAGAAAUUAAUGAGGACAGACAGACUGGAGGUAUGUCGAGAGUAUCAGCGUGGCAAUUGUAAUAGAGGAGAAAAUGAUUGCCGGUUUGCUCAUCCUGCUGACAGUGCAAUGAUCGAUACCAACGACAACACAGUUACUGUCUGCAUGGAUUACAUCAAAGGGAGGUGUUCACGGGAAAAGUGCAAAUAUUUUCACCCUCCUGCACAUUUGCAAGCCAAGAUCAAGGCUGCCCAGUACCAGGUCAACCAAGCUGCAGCUGCCCAAGCAGCAGCUACUGCAGCUGCCAUGACUCAGUCGGCUGUCAAAUCACUGAAGCGACCCCUCGAGGCAACCUUUGACCUGGGAAUUCCUCAAGCUGUACUUCCCCCAUUACCAAAGAGGCCUGCGCUUGAAAAAACCAAUGGUGCCACCGCAGUCUUUAAUACUGGUAUUUUCCAAUACCAACAAGCUCUUGCCAACAUGCAGUUACAACAGCAUGCAGCCUUCCUCCCACCAGGCUCAAUAUUGUGCAUGACACCCGCUACAAGUGUUGUUCCCAUGGUGCACGGUGCUACGCCAGCCACUGUGUCUGCAGCAACAACAUCUGCCACAAGUGUCCCCUUCGCUGCAACAGCCACAGCCAACCAGAUACCCAUAAUAUCUGCCGAACAUCUGACUAGCCACAAGUAUGUUACACAGAUGUAGACAUUUUGUCAUCAAACAAUCAUACUAAAGAGAAAAGGACAGUGUGCUUGGAUAGAGAAAAGGACACGAGCAUUAGCCAUAAUGUAUAUACCGUCAAGCCACACACAAAAAUUCCCUCAGCAGUAAGACAUCCACAUACUGCAUGUUAACAAGAUGAAACGACAACUUGGAAAUCCACUGCACACUGUUGCCUAUAUACUUUGUACAUUUAAUUGAUAUUUGUGCUGAGGUGAUCUUAUUGUCUAAAUCUACAACAUUGUCUAUCUUUUCUAGCACAGAGGUAUGCCUAUAUAUUUAAAUAUGCAUACAUAGUCUAUUUCCUACAUAAUCAUAUAUGUCAUCUUGAAAAGACAGACUAUGAUGUAAUCAUAAAUCUAUUAUGUAUUGGUACGUCUGUAGACCAAGAUAUAAUUUUUUAAAGUAAGUUUAUUUCUUUCAAGGUUUACAAAUAACAAAGGUGCACCUUGUAUUUAAAAUUGCCAUUAUAGAUGAGAGCGUGCAUGCACAGUAAUUUUUGUUUAAGAGUAAUAUUUUUAAUGUAAUAGAUUGUAAGAAGUGGUAAGAGAGGUAUCUGACAGAGAUGAAUGUGCCAAGCAAAACCACAACUGUGUAUAUUUUAAAGCACAUCAAUGGCUUUAAGUACUAUGUUGUUAAGGAUUCUCAUGAAGUGCCAUAGACUGUACAUCAAAUUAGAGUAUUAUUUCUGCAGUGUUAUUUUCAGAGCCACAUUUUUGCUUAUUUUGUUAGUACUAUUCAGUCAAAGGCACCAUUCUGUUUCAAAACCAAAGCUGUCUCAGAAAUGGCCGAUUCAACCUAUAAUAAAAGUAGACAACAGAAAAACCAACUAUCAGUACAGAUUAACGUAACACAUACUGGACAUAUAAAUAUAUAUAAACUAUUUUAAGGCAUUGUAGUGUAAAAUUUAUGCAUAUUAUACUAAAUAACUCAAUAUACAAAAGGGAAAAGCCAUUUCUGAGACACAGUAACAAAAAUGUUUGAGGAACUUAUUUUGCUUCUAUUUAUAGCCUCUGUCAAAAGUCAAAAGACUAUAAAUGCUUUGCAGAGAUGAAUUUCACUUUUGCUUAAAUGUUUCAUCAAAGUCACACUUCAAAAUAGUGACUCUAAACAAAGAAGAAAGAAGCACUGACAUCAGAUGCAUGAUAAACCAAAAUAUGAAAAAACUGAGAUGUUAAUUAGCAUAGAAUUGGGUGGGUUAAAUACCUGGGUGAGUUUUGUGAUUUUUUUUUUUUUUUUUUUUUUGGUUCAGAUUAACUGCUUAUAGCCUUAGAAAGCCUUUACAAAAUAAUAAUAAUAAAAAAAUAGAUGUGCAUUCAAGUUUUUAAGAAUGGAUUCAUCCAAAGGAAUUCCUUUUUGUGGUUUGGAUGUUGCAGUUAGUAAAGGAUAUUUUUGCUCUGUUCAGCAAACUGCUGAAGUGGGGGCCAGGUCACUGGUAGUAUAGCAUGGAGUGGAAGAAGUGUGAGUUCAGUUAUAGAACUUUCCAUACUUCCAAGUUUACUGCAAGUUUUUAUGCUUGAGAGAGAUGCUUUCUAGUAUAAGAAUGAUGUGUUGAUUUUACUGAUUGUACUGUACAUCUAUUAAAGCCUUAGAUUAUUACAUUACGGGUUAAAACCCAUACCAAUGUAAUUUCAAUCGUGUUAAGAAAGUAUAGAUGACUUCACAUGUUAUUGUAGUUACUUACAUUACAGAAUAUUACUUAUUUUUCUUGUUAAAAUGUAGUUUUUAUUUCUUACAUUUAUUAGAUCAUUUUCAUUUUCUAUUACCAGUUGAAUACCAUUUCAGUUUAUAGAAUUUUGUUUUAUUAGACUAUACUGAUGACUUUUUCAAAAUACAAAAAAAAAUAAAAAAAUUAAAAAGUAGGUUUUUUUCUUCAUAACAUAUUCAGUUUUGAAUUUACAUGUAGUGUCAUGAGUAUUUGUAUUAUUGUUAACUAAAUGAUUUAUAUUUUACUGAUUUAAUAUUACAAUGUAAGAACGUCAGUCAUUGUUAGUUCUUGUCUAGUUUUCAUUAAAAGAACAAAGAUCUUUUAUAUGGAUAUCUUAUAAUUAUAUAAUCAUUGCUAAGUAAGAAGUUCAGUUGUUGCUAUCGCAACAAUCCUGGCAGACAAUUGAAUAAUAUUUUGAUGAUUUAUUUUGUUUGUAAUUAGUUAUUAUAAGAAAAUCUAGUUCCUAGAUAUUAGAAUAAAAUUUAUUUUCUACUGUAUCCAUUUCAAAUGUUAAAAUAUUGUUUAAAUAUUUUUUGAAAUCCCUGAAUAUCAGGCCUUGUUAUAAAUAAGCUGCAUAAUCAAUAGAUCAAGGGACUUUUUGUUGAUAAUCCAAAUACUCAAAGUUUACGUAACAAGAAUUAAAGCGUGUGUGCAAACUCUUGAGGGUUGAUUAUGCUGCAGUUUAGCAUGUGGGAACGUAUAGAGAGAAGGUUGACUUUUUGCACUUCUGUAUAUAGUCAAAAAAGAGAGAAACCUGUAUAAUAGUAAGAUCUUAUUUUGAAUAAAAAUGUCUAUAAUUACAAGGAGUUUUGUUAAGGCGAAUAAAAUGACAGGCUGAACAAAAUUGCUUGCAAAAGUGGCACAGAGUUAGCACUCCAUACCCCUUCAAAAAAGUUGCUUUGCUUUAUGUGGACAGCUUGUAGUUUGCCAGGAUUUUUUCAGCUGGAAAGAUAUGCCAUCCUUCCAAGAUCUCAUGACUGACAAAAGCUCCACUGGUUCAAAUCUGCCUGAAAAUCAUUACUUUAAAAAAAAAAAAUUAAAAAAAAAGCAGGUACUUCAAACCAUCAAGGUGAAAUCAUGGAUUAAAUAUUCCGUACAUUAUUCAAAAACUACUGCAUGUUUAAAGUAUCAAAAACAAAACAAAAAAAAUAAAAAACAAAAAAAAAUAAAAAACAAAAAAAACAACCAACAACUAUAUUAAGGAUAUAUUCUAUUCAAAGCCGUUUCUGACAAUUUCAGUGGUUUAUUGUUCACAAAACAAAAAUCUUCAAAACAGAUAUUGACUUUCACAAAAAUUAAAUCAUGAACAGGCAAACCAAACAGCACACUGUAGCUGUAGUUAUGUGAUUAUUUUUUAUUGUAAUGGUCCUGUUCUUUUAGCAGGUGAAAAACAAAAACCUAUCAAAUGUUACCAUUUGAAUGAAAAGCACUCAAGAAACCAUGUAAUUACAUAAGCCAAAGCUGGAAAUAAAAAUGAUUAGACCAUUAUUUUAUCUGGAAUAUUCAAUAUUCACACUGAUUAAUUAAUAAUGUUGCACUUACUUGCAACCCUGCAACUUUCAUCUGCUGAAAGGACAGAUGUGCUUGGUUUUACUAUUAUGUAAUCACAGACUUACUUUUUGCUUGUAGUUGCUGCAAAUUAUGUACUCUGUCCUGGGCUGCAAUUUGUUUCCAUGCUUAUUUUAUUAUUACUGCUAUAGUUGACCUUGCUGUAUGGAAAAAUAAAGUGAAAUUGCCCUAA